GUGGUUAACAAAACAUACUUUUUGUUUGUUUUUUCUCUAGAGCAGCAAUGGAGAUUUUGGGCUGCAAUGACACCCAAAACCCUCAUUCCUCUGUCUGAUUUUGCUGUUUGUGGUGCCAACCAGGACAAAAAUUUGCUUCAUAUUUCCAAACCACAGGAAAAGUGGUCACUGUCAUUUCUGGUGCUGGUACGGCACCUGCCACAAAGGUGGUUUUGCCUGUCUCACAGACACUGCAGGAUUGUAAAUAGUACUGUGUAUGUGUAUGUUCAUUAGUCUUAUAUCGCCAUCUGCCAGAGGAAAUGGGCCACCCUGAAGCUCAAGGAGCACCUGGCCUUGCUGGCAUGAUGGAGUGGGGUGUCAACCCUCCUGAGUCGGGUGUCUUGGCGUCUGGGCACGCUGCUGCUGGGCUGGUGCAAUCCCUGGGCUGGUGUGGGCUGGGAGUGCCUGUCCUUGGGGGCCCAUGUGGGGCUGAGAGCCAUUGGGAGACAGAGUGUUCCUGGGGAGAGGAGCUGCGGCUCUGCUCCUUCUUGUGCUGGAGCACCCGCCAAAGACUUCCGAGCCCCCAGCACUGUGGGCGGUGUGUGAAUUUGGCUUUCUGCUCAGCAGUGGGUGUAAAGAGACUGUGAAUUCUCAUCAGCAGUUUCAUUACCUUAAUAAAAUUACUUCAGGUCUGUUAAGUUCUUUUGCAGAAAAAUAAGAUGUAAUUGCAUGUUUCAUUAGCUUCUCCUUCCCCCAAGCCCCAAAAGAGCUCAUCCCUGUGUCUUGCUUCCAUGGCUGGUCAUGCAAUCCACGUUGUAGGGCUACAGGAUCUUCUCCAACAGCCUGGACCAGAUGCUACUGGUGAGGAGCUGGUAAACUGCUUGCACAGAGCUUCUGUCAGGAUGGCCCCUCUCCCUCUUUCAUCCUCUUAGCUUUGACAGAUACUAAGGAGUUAUUCAGAGCUAUGGUCUUACUGAAUGUUAUAUUGUCAAAGCUUUUCUUCUGUAAGAGACAGAUUCUUACUUAAACUCACCCACUCUACAGAAAUAGCAGUGAUAAUAAGCCCAAAAUGAGGAGAUUAAAAACUGGCAUUAGUUUUACUCCAUGGCUGCCAUUCACCAAGGUCUUCCAGCAUUAUCCACCAUGUCUUAUGCUCUCUGUUACCCUCACUCUUACACCAGAGACACUGUUCAAGUACCUUUAGCUUUGCACACACCUGGGAGUUAUCCUGUUCAGGCCUGGAUGAUCACCAGUUGGUGUCAGUGGCAGCGUGUAGACCAGCGCAACCCAGAUCUAGCACUAUCUGGACUAUCAGAGUUUGUUUCAGUGCAUGCUUUGCUUUGAAACUUAUAGUUUUCCACAUGGCAUCUCUGACGCGAAGCAAUAAAUUGGUGAAGGUCUUUCCUGUCACCAGCUGUAGCUUGGUCAGAGCUCAAAGAUCCUGGCACACUUUGGAUGGCUCAUUGGCACAGGAGAUACAAGGGCUGUAGAGAUCAAGAGAAAAAUGCCUGGAAGCAAGUUGAUGUUAGAUGCUACUGGAUGGUCUUGGAGCAGAUGGUUGAAUUAAUGGAUUAAUUAAUGGGUUAAUCAGAUCUUAAAUUCUCUAAAGAUCCCUGCAAUAGAGAGGGAGGCCAUCCCUACAGCCAGGUUUGGGGAAUGGUCCAUAAUAUAAACAGAGUGGUACCUCCUAACUGACAAUAUUGUUUCACUGGGGGUGUCUGCUAAGCUUCUCGUUUCAGUAUCUGCUGUGUGCCAUUUUAGGAAUACAGAAACCUCUUGACAAGUGUAAUUUCUUUUCCUCUAAGAGCUCCUGGGGUGCCUGUAAUAAUUGGCUCCACCUUAAAAUCAAAGUGGAUGCCACCACCCUCUAGUAACCAAAGUUGAUAGCAACAUUGCUUGUGCUGGACCUCGAGGGAAAAGUUGCUGCUGUAGAGAUCCUUAGAUCUUUCCUUUGCUCUUCUGUCGCUGCCUGCAAAGAUCCUGGCCUCCAAGCACAUGGAUUUUGGAAGUGUUGCAAAGAAUGAAAACGUGCAGCUGCAGGAUAGGAAUGAGAGGCUGUACCAGCUUGGAGAUGUGCAGGAGAAGAUCGGGAAGCUGGCUGGCUCCAAAACAGAUUUGUCAGCCAGAAUGGUCUUCAGUGAAGAAGAAAAACUGAAGAUUUCCAAAGACCUCACUGAUCUCCAGAUAGAGACAAACAAAAUGAAGGAGCAGCAUGAGGCAGAGAAAUUUGAACUGAAAAAUAUGAUCCUGGCCCUGGAGAACCGUGUGCUGGAGCUGGAGCUCUGCAGUGAGAAAGUCACUGGGGAGCGAGAUGCCUUACAGGAACGCCUGUAUGCUCUGGAGACCAGUCGGAAGGAGCUGGCAGAUGAGUACAUCAUUUUGAAAAGCAACUACUUGGCCCUAGGCAAAGAGCUGGACCAGGAGGCCAUGAAGAAUGAAGAGCUCAGCCUAGAGCUGCUCAGCCUGGCCAAUGCGAGGAGCACCCUUCCCCGCACAGAGGGCAACUGCCCCCCUGCCAUGGCCGAUGAAGCCUCUGCCGAGCUGGAAAGAGCGAGAGCAAUGGUGCAUCAUCUUUCUGCUCCAAAGCCAGAAGAUGUAGUUGCCUCUGAACAUGAGCAGCAAAAGCUGGAGAGAAACUUGCUUGGAAACCAGGAUCACAUAAAAGUGGAGCUUGAAAAUCUGAAGAAAAUCUAUGACUCGCAGCAGCAGAAGCUGGAAGAGAGAGUGAUCGCAAUGGGGAAGGAGCUGCAGGAGGCAAAGGGAGCGAUUGGGGACACCCAGCAGAAGUUGGCGGAGCAGUCAGGAGACUACAUGGACACCAAAUCCAGCAAUGUAAUGGGGCCUAGUAAAGCCCCAGCUGAUCGUGCUCCCAUGAAAUACUUUGUGGACAGCAUGCUGAAGGAUAUCAGAGCUUCCUACAAGUCUCGGGAAGAGCAGCUAGCUAGAGCAGCACGUGGCUACAAGAAACGCCUGAAGAACUUGGUCAAGAAGCAUGAGAACCUGCUGAUUGCUUAUGGGCUCCAGCGAGAGCAGAUCCGCUCCUUGGGCAGCAGCACUAUGGAUUGUGGCCCUGCCGAGCUCCACUUUUCCAUCACAGACCCAGAACUGCUGACAAACACAACCCGGGAGCUGAACCGGCUGCGGGAAGAUAAAGCAAAGCUGGAGAUGCAGCUACAUGAAUUGCAGAAGAAAAGACUGAAAGAAGCCUCUGCCUUUCCACUGUCUCCUGAGCAGCACCUGGAUGAGGAGGGCUGGGCAGAGGUCAGGAAGCAGCUCCGGGAGUUCACUCAUACCACCCAGGAGGAUUUGGAGCAGGAGAGAAGCCAGCUGCUGACUCGGGCGAUCAUGGCAGAAGAGCAGGUGUCAGAGCUGCAGGAAUACAUAGAUAAGCAUCUUGCAAGGUACAAGCAGGAGAUCCUCAACUUGAGGAAGUUCACAGAUGGUGAGGUGCCACACGUGCUUGGUGCUGGGGGUGCUGAUACUCAUUCACUGCCUGGAGCCAGGACCAUCAGCCAUGAACUGUAGCUCUUCACCACAGCUCUGAGGAGCAGCACGAUCAUAGGAAAGAGCGGGAUUUAAAAGGAAGGAGCUUUCUGUGGUGUGGACUGGCCAGGGCAAGUAUCCUUCCCUGGCUGAGAGCUGGGAGGCACAGUGAGGGAAACCAUGUGGGUGUUCUCAGUCUCAAAUUCACAGUACUAAAAUGAGACAAGACAAUUGCAUCUUGUCUAUCCUCUGGCCCCUCAGCUGUAGGAAUGCUGCUGUUCCCUGGGCACAUCAUGCCUCGGGACACAGGGUCGGGUUCCCAAGCAACUGUGGGGCUGCAGGGACAGGUUCCUGUUCCUGUGAUAACACUUCUCCUGGGUCAGACCCAGACCAGAGUCCAAGGGCUAACUCUGCUCCUGCCUUUGCACCCCUCAGCUUCUAAGAGAUAAGCCAGGGCUGGUUCAAGCUAGGCUUUGGUCAAAGACAAAGGGAAUGGGCUGUGAACUCUUUUUUUCCUCUGUAUUUGAAUGGAAAAG